AUGAAUGGGAUGGAAUCGGCACCUCUGCAUGAUGCACUGGGACGCUUCAACGAAAACUGCAAGGACUUAUUUCACCCACGCACUGUGGCCGAAAUCACGGAGGUGCCGAGCCCGUUGGAGUUUCACAGGCGCUGGGUUUCGCCGAACCUGCCUGUCAUCGUCCGUGGAGGCGUGUCCCACUGGGCUGCUGUGAAUAAAUGGACUCAUGCAUACCUGAGGGAAAAAAUCGGAGACCUAGCGGUCACCGUAGCUGUCACUCCAAAUGGUUUUGCGGACGCUGUGCACGGAAGUGUAUUCGUAACUCCUGAGGAACGUGUCAUGAAAUUCGGCGAGUUCUUGGACAUCCUCGAAGGCCGCGAACGCCCAAAUGCGGUCUUUUACAUUCAGAAGCAAAACUCGAACUUCACCGACGAGUUUCGGAUGCUCGCAGGGGACGUUGAGACGGACAUUUGCUGGGCGACAGCAGCUUUCGGCAAGACGCCCGACGCAGUCAAUUUCUGGAUGGGCGACGAGCGGGCCGUCACUUCCAUGCAUCGUGACCACUACGAGAACAUCUACUGCGUAGUUUCGGGCCACAAAGACUUUAUCCUGUUGCCGCCGACCGAUUUACCGUGGGUGCCUUAUGAAAAUUAUAAAACGGGACAAUUUUGUGAAAUCGCGAACGGCCAGUUCGACGUAAUCGCUUCAGGUGACGGUUCAUCAGUGCCAUGGAUUUCCCUAGAUCCAGAAAAUCCAGACUUCGACAGAUAUCCACACUAUCGACGUGCAUCACCAGUCAAAUGUAGGGUCAGUGCUGGUGAUAUACUGUACCUGCCUUGCUUGUGGUUCCACCAUGUCCGACAGAGUCAUGGAUGUGUUGCACUCAAUUACUGCUCAAGCAUCGCUCACUACAUGGGGGCUGCAGGCUCGUCAAGCUGCCUACUGGCAGUUUUUUUUCCGCUGUCCUUGAUCUGUAAUGUAAAUGGUGGAAAUAAAGAUUUGAUUUGA